AUGAAUACAGUUCCCAGGUCAACAAAUCCGAUGCUGGAUCCGAUCGGAUCUUACCGGAUCCGACCAUCCGACAAAAUCCGAUCGGAUUCCUGGAAACGGAAUUGCAUUGGAAUCCGACUAGAAAAAUCCCAAAAUCCAGGAAAUCCAUGUUUCGGGUCCGACGAGAUCCGAUCGGAUCCGAGACCGUCGGAAUCCAAUGCGAUUCCGUCACCAGGAUUUCAUCGGAUCCGUCGAAUUCCUGUAGGAUCCGAUAAAAUUCAGUAUUGGAUCCGAGUAUGGGAUUUAAACAAGUUAAUCCAUGAAAAUCUCGAUCAAACAAAUGAUGAUAAAAUGAUAAUGACUGAGCUAUUGAAAAAACGUGCAUUGGUCUAUCAUCAUCUAGGAAAACAUCAACUUGUUCUUGACGGUAUUCAAUCACUUGUGGCACGGAACGUAAAAAUCGACUGGAACAACGACCUGUUCUUAAUGAAACAACAAGCGAUUCUUAAUUGUGCAAUUGAUGAGGUUACACAAGAAUUAAAUCAGAAUUUAUCUACAUGUAAGUGA